CUCCUCUAUGCACCAUCAAGCUAAGCUGCCUUCAAUGGCUACCUUCACUUUAGCUCCAGCUCUUCACCGCUCCCCCUCCAUCUCUACCCUUCAAUUUCACAAAAACUACAGGCGCGCUGCCGUCUCUUUCCAUGCUUCCAUGUCUAUGAGCGCUUCCCCGACUCCAUCUCAAGAGUCAUCUCCGCCCACCAAAACCGCCACUGUUUUAUCUUCAACAAACUCUCCUUCCAAAGCACCAGAUGAAGGUUUAAACUUCGCACUGGCCAACCCUAAUGGCAAUCCGGUUGUUCGAUUCGUCAAGUCCACAGAAUCAACCAUCGAAAGGGUAAUAUUUGAUUUUCGCUUCUUGGCGCUGUUAGCUAUUGGGGGUUCGUUAGCAGGUUCCUUGCUCUGCUUCCUUAAUGGUUGUGUUUAUAUUUUUGAGGCCUACAAAGUUUAUUGGAGUAGCUGUGUUAAAGGAGUUCACACAGGGCAAAUGGUUCUUCGUCUAGUUGAAGCCAUUGAUGUUUAUCUUGCUGGGACUGUAAUGUUAAUAUUUGGGAUGGGCUUGUAUGGAUUAUUCAUCAGUAACGUGUCUCCUGAUGUGCAUCCCACCGUUGAUCGUGCCUUAAAGCAGUCUUCCUUGUUUGGGAUGUUUGCAUUGAAGGAGAGACCGAAAUGGAUGAAGAUAAGCUCCCUUGAUGAAUUAAAGACUAAAGUAGGACAUGUUAUUGUCAUGAUCCUUCUUGUGAAGAUGUUCGAAAGGAGUAAGAUGGUCAACAUAGCCACUGGUUUGGAUCUGCUGAGCUAUUCUGUAUGUAUUUUCUUGUCUUCUGCUUCCUUGUAUAUACUUCACAAUCUGCACAAGUCAGAAUAAAUAGUUGGCCAAAUCGAAGCAGCUUCCAGCAAUGUAUAAUUUACACUACAUUCUGCAGUCCUGAGUAAUGUAACACUUUAAAGCAUUGUUGACUGUUGUAUUCAAGCAAAUGACCAAAUGCCAUAUUUAUCAUCUCUUUUCUUC